CCAAGAGCCCGGCGCACCCGGCUGGGCCCGCGGGUGUCUGCUGCACGUCCCGCUCCGGCCUCAGUGUCUCCGCCGCCGGCCCCGCCUCGAUGUUCCAGCUGCCCAUCUUGAAUUUCAGCCCCCAGCAAGUGGCCGGGGUAUGCGAGACCCUGGAGGAGAGCGGCGACGUGGAGCGCUUGGGUCGCUUCCUGUGGUCGCUGCCCGUCGCCCCUGCGGCCUGCGAGGCCCUCAACAAGAAUGAGUCGGUGCUCCGCGCGCGAGCCAUCGUGGCCUUUCACGGCGGCAACUACCGCGAGCUCUAUCACAUCCUGGAAAACCACAAGUUCACCAAGGAGUCUCAUGCCAAGCUCCAGGCGCUGUGGCUCGAGGCGCACUACCAGGAGGCAGAGAAGCUGCGCGGCCGGCCGCUGGGGCCGGUGGACAAGUACCGCGUCCGGAAGAAGUUCCCGCUGCCGCGUACCAUUUGGGACGGCGAACAGAAGACGCACUGUUUCAAGGAGCGCACGCGGCACCUGCUGCGCGAGUGGUACCUGCAGGACCCGUACCCCAACCCCAGCAAAAAGCGUGAGCUCGCCCAGGCAACAGGACUGACCCCCACGCAGGUGGGCAACUGGUUCAAAAACCGCCGACAAAGGGAUCGGGCGGCUGCAGCCAAGAACAGACUCCAGCAGCAAGUUCUCUCUCAAGGCUCCGGGCGGGCGCUGCGAGCCGAGGGCGAGGGCAUAUCCGAGGUGCUGGGCGUCGCUGCCAGCCCGGCCGCCAGUCUAUCCAGCAAGGCAGCCACAUCGGCCAUCUCCAUCACAUCCAGCGACAGUGAGUGCGACAUUUGAGCUGCCC